AUGACCGAUGCCGAUAUGUCGGUUCUGCCUCGACGACUCUUUGGCGAUGGUCCCUCCAAGCAAGCUGGUCUAGACGACGCUCUCGAGGCAAGUCCAGCCCUGUCGCGCUCUGCUUCCGCAACAUCGCGCUUCUCACCGCACAACGUCAAGAACCUGUCCCACCACUCGACAAGCAGACCAUCCACUCCCAAAGGCGCCAGCACUACUCCCCUCAACCUCAGGCAGCAUCGCCCGCCUCACACUUCUGGACCAAAGCCAGCUCACCGCGUCGAGCCGAGUCCAUCGACGCAGAGGAUGUCCGAGCCUCGACGUCUCGCAUCUCGCCAGUCGCAGCCCACAGAAGCACUCAUGACGCCCUCCCGGUCCAGGACGGAGGCACUCUCGCCCAUGGUCGCGCGUUCUGAGAGCCUGCAUCGACCCCGGCAUGUCGGCUCUGAUGAUAUCACUCCAGCAGAAGGACCAUCUCGCUCAGUGUCGAAUCCCCUCCUACAAAGCUUGCCAAAGAAGAAGCAUCGAGUCUCGCCCACCGAAAUCGCCAUCGCGCACGAGGAAGCUGGCGCUGGUCCCAUGGCCAGCCCGAGUCCACGCAAGAUGACGGACUACUUUGCUGGUGCUGGGCAGAUCGCUCCCGACUUCGCCUUGGCCCAGACGCGUCUGCGAUCCGACUCUCUCUCUGAGCGACGCACUUCAGCGGCCGCACUCGGCGAUCUGACAGAUUUGACCUCGAAGCAACCCGUCGACAGCUUGACGCUCAUCAAGUCGGGACUCUUCCUGGGUGUGGUGGCGAGGCCGUUGGCCGAUUGGACUGUCUACGAGGACCCGGCUCCGAGUUCCGACACUCCGCCGUCACAGGACCAGGCUUCGUUCAGCUCCGACGUAGUCGAUGCUGGCGUCAGCCCGUUCGCGAGCCCGGCGCGAGGUCCUGUCCACCAAGAAGCUCCUUCGACACCCAACAAAGAGAAUCGCGUCCCGGACGCCAACUUCCUCGCCUCCAAAGCCGUGGCUCCCGCUCUUCCUGAACGGGCAUACAGUGUCGACGCGGUGCCCACAAAGACACGCUCGUCGUCUCGUCUCGCAUCGGCUGCCUCGAGCCCUGUCGCAACCACUACCGCCACCUCCACCACCACUGCGUCUCGCAAACGCGGCACGGGCGGCCGCCUUAGCCUGCUCGCCGAUGCGGAAGACGACGCCUCGCAGCAGAUCGACGGCGACGAAACGAUGGCAGAAUCCGUUUCGGCUUCAGGCAAGAAGAUCCGAUCUCGUCAACCGCCUUCUUCCGCAACGUCGCCCGUACAGGGUGCUCGCAAAGCAUCAUCGAACCAGCGAAAGGCUUCGGCUGCGCGUGGACGAAGCAGCACCGCGGCUUCGAGCACACACAACGUAGAGAGCCCACAGCGUGCGGUGGAGGGCGUCGCUUCUCGCACGCGCUCUCGUGCUCGGGUGUAA